UCUGCUUUACUGGGUAGAGUAGCAAUUAGUGUAGAACAUUUUAGGAUGUUUGAGCUGAGACAGCUUUACCCCAAAGCAGUGAGGGUUUUGGAGAGUUACCCUGCAUUGCCCUGUUACACAUGAUCUCUGUAUUCAUAAUGUCCGUUUGUAUUCAGUAAAAAGGCAACAAUUCCAGGAAUUCUGAGCCAGAAAUAAAUGAAGAGUUGAACCAAGGUGAAACAGUGAAUCAUUUAUAAGGACAGGGUUAGAAUGUGUAGCUUUUCUUAAUUCUUUUCCGAAUCUCCCUUGUUUUUGUUGUUGGAAUUCAUCAGCAUGUCCUCACACUUGCAAAUUCACAAUAAUUCUCACUACUCAAGUCAAAUGACAAGUUAGGAAGGCAUUGGGAUUAGAGGUGGAAUGUAGUGUGUGAUUUAAUCACUUUAAAACCCCCAAAGCACGGGGAGAACAUGCAAACGCCACACACACACAUAGCCAUGGCAGGAAUCGACCCCGCAACUCUGGAGGUGUGAGGCUAACCACUAAGCCUCUGUGCGCUCCUGAGACACACCACAUGACACUUUUUCUUAAAGGAAAGACUUCAGUUGUCAGGUUUAAUGUAAAAUAAUGUAAACACCCCACCCCCCAGGAAAACUGUUGUUUUAUUCGUUGUUGUUGUUUUUAUAAAGAAAAUAUCAAUUUUAUAAAGAAAAUAAAAACUAAAAGUGCUAAAGUGUUUCUUUUUGGUUGCCGAGAUGAACUUUAGGGUUAGAUUUAUGUGUAGUAGUGUAGAAUUUACUGUAUUAAUAAUUACGUCAGUGGAAGGUCCUUACAAAGAUAGCAAGACAAACAUGUAUGUAUGUAUGUGUGUGUGUGUGUGUGAGAGAGAGAGAGAGAGAGAGAGAGAGAGAGAGAGCGAGCGAGCAUGUGCAGCUUUCUAAGCUCUGUCCAUGUACUGGUCCAUGCACAUAGAGUUUGCUGUCUGAUUAUACACUAUUAUAUGAAGGAUUCUGAAGUCCUGUUGUACUCUGCGCGUGCUCACUCUUACACCUGCUUUACACACCUUGCCUCCAGUAAACUUCCUGCUACAGGCAGAGAGGGAUCUCUAUUCCCCUUUUGCUUUAUAGGGAACAACCCGUGAUGCUCAUCUCUCACUAAGCUACACAGUGACAUUUUCUCCUCGCUGAACUUUUUUGUGCGGGGUUCCCCAUCAGCAUGGCGGGUAGCGGACACACCGACGAGCCUUGGAACUACAGCAGCGCGGAGCUGCUCGCGCGCACCACUUCGGUGUCUAUGAUUCAAACUCCUCGCUAUCCUUUUCCCACUGUGGAUGUUCCAGACCAUGCUCACUAUACUAUCGGCACAUUUAUCUUAAUCAUUGGCAUCACUGGCAUGGUGGGCAACUUUCUGGUCAUGUACGCCUUCUGCAAGAGUCGAAGCCUAAGAACACCAGCCAACAUGUUCAUUAUUAAUCUGGCCAUAACUGAUUUCCUGAUGUGUGUAACUCAAACACCCACCUUCUUCAUUACCAGCAUGCACAGGAGAUGGAUCUUUGGAGAGAAAGGCUGUGAGAUGUAUGCAUUUUGUGGUGCUCUCUUUGGGAUGUGCUCUAUGAUCACACUAAUGAUCAUUGCUGUGGAUAGAUAUAUUGUUAUCACUCGCCCUCUGGCCUCCAUCGGCAAGAUGUCACAUAAGCGUGCAUUUUGCAUCCUCGCCCUAGGCUGGCUGUAUACCUUGUUCUGGAGCCUUCCUCCUUUUUUUGGAUGGAGUGCAUAUGUUCCUGAGGGCUUGAUGACCUCCUGCACAUGGGACUAUAUGACGUUUACCCCAUCUGUUCGUGCCUACACAAUGCUACUCUUCGUCUGUGUGUUCUUCAUCCCUCUGUUUGUCAUUAUGUACUGCUAUUUCUGCAUCUUCCGUGCUAUUCGCAGCACCACCAGUGCUGUGGGUAAAAUUAGUGAGGAAGGAGGAAUCACCAAAGACUCAAUCAAAAAGUUCCAUCGAUUGAAGAGUGAAUGGAAGAUGGCAAAGGUGGCUCUCAUAGUCAUUCUGUUGUACGUGAUCUCCUGGUCUCCAUAUUCCUGUGUGGCUCUGACGGCAUUUGCAGGUUACGCUGACUUGCUCACCCCAUACAUGAACUCUGUUCCUGCUGUGAUUGCCAAGGCUUCAGCUAUCCACAACCCCAUCAUUUAUGCCAUCACGCAUCCAAAAUACAGAUCUGCUUUAGCGAGGUAUAUUCCAUGUCUGGGUGUGCUACUGUGUGUUCCUCAUGGAGAACGCUUGACUAGCAGCAGUUUUAUGUCCACACGGCGCUCCACUGUGACCAGCCAGGUUUCAGAAGCCAGCGUCAGUGUGCGUCAAACCAGCAAGACGCGCCUGUCCUCGAUGUCCGACAGCGAGUCUGCUUUGACGGACACAGAGGUGGACAUGGCAGGUGCUCUUUCCCGUCAGGUGUCGUACGAGGGCCGUAAAGAGCUGUCUGACUAUAAGUACUGCAGCUCUCUAAAGGUGAAGGUGAGGGGCCGAGACUCAGGCAGCAUCAACAGAAGUCCUGGUGAUACAGGUCUAAACCUCACCGGCUAUACUUAUAUCAGCACCGUGUUGGACAAGGAUGACAUCUCCAUGACUGAGUCCGUCCAGUCCAAUCAUCUGCUCUCCAGUCCGUGUGAGAUCUCAGAUCAGGCUGAGCACAAGAAGCUGACAGCUCCUAUUCCCUCCAUUGUUGUAACCUCUGAGUCCCAUCCUGCCCUCUUCUCUGAUGGGACCAAUAGCCACCCUUCUAAAUGCCUCCCCAGCAUUUCUCCGGUGGCCUCUGUCAGCAUGGAGCCUCUUCUGAUGGAUCAAGUGAACACGUCACAGGCCUGCAAUAAUACUACUAACAUCACCAUUCCUCAGCAUAAAAUCUGAAAAACAACUGCCCUGUCCAUGAAAAUAACCAGUAUGCAUUUUCAUUUUAAAAUGUUAUAACAUCUGUCAUCUUGCUGUGCAGGUUUUGAAACGGUGCAUUCACCCUGUUUCAUUCUGUGUGUAUGUACAUGUGUGAUCUCCAGAGAUAAGAGAGUGUCGAGGUACAGCUCAAGGUUUCUGCAGUGCAGAGAGUCUUCCCUUAGCAGGUUUCAGGAAGACAGAACUGCCUGCAGAAAUUUAACUACAACGUCUGGGCAAAGCUUUCUGCUAUCUGCUGCUGACAAGGGAAGCAGCACACCACGUCUAGCCAAUUCGGAACAAAUACUAUGCUUUUACAGAAAUACAAUGGACAAAAUCACUUGUACGGCAGGGCAAUAAAUCCUCAAAUAAAAUCCUCAAAUUCCAACCUGGGACAAUGAAUCACAUGGAGCCUGAUUUUCAGCAAAAUGCUGUUUGUUCCCAAUAUAAGUUUUAUUUCAUCAUCAACUGCUGUUCACUGUUACGCAGGAGAAUAAAGUUUCAGUGAACUACUGUUUGUUCACAGUAUACGUUUUA